AUGGUUGACUACGCACAAUAUCCACCGAGCAUGCCUCACGACUUUGAGCUCUACUCCGGCAACCAAGAACAGCAUCUGGAUUUUCACCACAACUUGCCUUACGUGCCUGCCUCAACAUACGCCAUGGAGCACGCCUUCAGCGCCUCAUAUGACCACAUGGCUACCCUCGCAGAGAUGCAAAGGCCUCAAGACCUGCAAUACCAUUACGAUGCCAUCGCACAAGGUGUCAAGCCUUACCAGUAUCAGACCCCUGCCAGCUCUCCCCACUCAACUUCACAUUCUUUCCACGAGCAGCCUCCCAUUCUUUCUGCGUCUUCUGAAUCCGGUGCUUCAGUGUCGUCUUCCGCCAUUGGCUCCCCAUCACUUGUUCCACAUUUCAAUGACUCGUGGAGCACAAUGGGACUUGGGGUGACUACUGGAUACGAGUAUCCAGGAAUGGUAGCGACAGAUAAGUCAUAUGUGGCAGAUCCUAAUCUCAUUCAGCCAUUCGCAUUCGCGCCUCAGAGCCCAUACCCUGAGAUUAGGACUACCCCAUCUCCUUACUUCCCCAUCAUCGAGCAACCACCCUCACCAGCUCUCUCUCAACUCUCUUCCCACAGCCAGCGCCCCGGUUCGGCACGCAUCAAGAAGGGUAGCGCCAGCCCCUAUCUUCGUACUCAGCAAUACCAGCCUUACCCCCAGUACAAUGGUCAACGGCGAGGCUCUGUCAACUCUCUUCACUCGCACCACUCAGGCAAGAGUGGAAGCAGCUUCGACAACGACGAGACCCGCGAGAAGGGAAUGUGCCCACUACCAGAGUGUGGGCGCGUCUUCAAAGACCUGAAGGCACACAUGCUCACCCACCAGAACGAACGACCGGAAAAGUGCCCGAUCGCGACCUGCGAGUACAACACCAAGGGUUUCGCGAGGAAAUAUGACAAGAACCGUCACACGCUCACGCACUACAAGGGCACAAUGGUCUGCGGUUUCUGUCCAGGCAGUGGUUCAGCGGCUGAGAAGUCAUUCAACCGCGCUGAUGUCUUCAAGAGGCACCUUACCUCUGUUCACGGCGUGGAGCAGAAUCCUCCUAACAGCCGCAAGAAGAGCCCAUCAAGCCGCAAGGCUUUCGGUGGCUCGCAGCCCAACGUUGCUGGUACCUGUUCUACUUGCUCGGUUACUUUUGCCAACGCGCAAGAGUUCUACGAACAUUUGGACGAUUGUGUGCUGCGUGUUGUACAGCAAACCGACCCAAGUGAAGCCAUCAACCAACGCCUUCUUACCUCCGUUGCAGAGGAUCCGGACGUCACUGAGACUCUCGAUCGCAACGGUCUAUCUAAGAGCAUUGAGUACACAGUACCCAACUAUUCCGAGGAUGACGAAGAUGACUACGAGGAAGAGGAACACGCCGGGGAUGGUAACCACCUAACAAACCACCUCUCCUCUUCUCGCAUCCAAAAAUCCGGUCCUCGCGCUGGCCUCACCUUCUCCAAAGGCGGCGUAGCCAUCACCGGUUCUGGACGCAAGAAGCGCAAGAACUACCCGGUAUCUUGGGGUUGCGCUACCGAUAAGAUGAAGAUGAAGAAGCGCGUCUUGUGCGUAUAUGAUGGCCAGAGAAGGCUAUGGAAAGAUGACAUGAUGCUCGACCAGGAGUUCGAAGUACGUACAAAGUUGCCUGAUGGCAAGUCAUACGUCACAGACUUGGACGUCCAGACCCUCAACCGCGCAGAUGCCCUGCAUGGCGCCACAAGGGAAGAGAGAGGCCCCUGGAUGCCCGACAACAUUGUUGGAGGCGUCAACGGUGUAGGUAUGGAGCCCGCAUCGCUGGACUGGGCUCUCUGA